CUGUGACUCAGAGCUCCGGUUGUGGGGGCACUUUGUUUGCUGCUUGGAGGGGGGUGUGAAAAGCCAGUGAGAUAGCAGAUUGACCUUGCAAACGAGACACAUUGUGGACCCCAGCCCCUUCUCCCCUACCCUGUGAAGACUUGGCUGCCCCUCCUGGGCUCUCUGCCUCCCUUGGGCACAUGCUGAUGCCCCUGAGUGGGCUGCUCUGGUGGUGCUGUGGCUGCUGGGGCUGCUGCUGUGGAUUGUGCGCCCCUGUCCCCCAGAUGUUGCGCCACCAGGGUCUCCUCAAGUGCCGCUGCCGCAUGCUCUUCAAUGACUUGAAGGUUUUCCUGCUGCGGCGCCCCCCUCCAGCCCCCCUGCCCAUGCACGGAGAUCCUCAGCCCCCUGGUUUGGCAGCCAACAGUAACACCCUUCCGGCUCUGGGGGCCGGAGGGUGGGCAGGCUGGAGGGGCCCUCGAGAGGGGGUAGGCAGGGAGACCCCUCCACUGCCACCUCCACCACCUUUGCCACCUUCUUCCGUGGAAGAUGACUGGGGUGGCCCCGCCACAGAGUCGCCGGCCUCUCGGCUCAGCAGUGCUUCCUCAGAUGACUUCAGUAAGGGGAAGGCUGACGAUCGCUACUCAGUGGGCAGCAGCCUGGACAGUGGGAUGAGGACUCCGCUCUGCCGCAUCUGCUUCCAGGGGCCGGAACAGGGGGAGCUGCUGAGCCCGUGCCGCUGUGAUGGGUCGGUCAAGUGCACGCACCAGCCCUGCCUCAUCAAAUGGAUCAGCGAGCGGGGCUGCUGGAGCUGUGAGCUGUGCUACUACAAAUACCACGUCAUCGCCAUAAGCACAAAGAACCCUCUGCAGUGGCAGGCCAUCUCUCUGACAGUCAUUGAGAAGGUGCAGAUUGCAGCUGCCAUCUUGGGUUCUCUCUUCCUCAUCGCCAGCAUCUCUUGGCUCAUCUGGUCAACCUUCAGUCCCUCAGCAAAGUGGCAACGCCAAGACCUCCUCUUCCAGAUCUGCUACGGGAUGUAUGGCUUCAUGGACGUGGUGUGCAUAGGCCUCAUCAUCCACGAGGGACCCUCUGUGUACCGCAUUUUUAAACGGUGGCAGGCUGUCAACCAGCAGUGGAAAGUGCUGAACUAUGACAAGGCAAAGGACCUGGAGGAUCAAAAGGCCGGCGGCAGGCCCAACCCCCGGACCUCCUCGUCCACACAGGCCAAUGUUCCCUCAGAGGAGGAGGCGGCGGUGGGCACCCCCGCCCCUGAGGAAGGCCCCGCCCGGGCUGCCAGCCACCCCUCAGGCCCCGUGUCCGAUCACCACUGUGCUUACACCAUCCUGCACCUCUUGAGUCACCUGAGAACUCAUGAACAGCGGAGCCCCCCGGGGGGCAGCCGAGAGCUCGUCAUGAGGGUCACGACAGUGUGAGGAGGAGAAGAAGGAAGGCCUUAACCACGUGCGCGAGGGACC